GCUGUAGCACAGCACAGCGUGGAGUUCAGUCCUGGUGUACAAAGACACCACGACUGAAUUUCGUGCAAGUCUUUAAUGUAGUUUCUGUUUUAAUGCUGUUCAUUACCAAAGUUACAAAAACAUGGCAGAAUGGGGGUUAAUUAGAGUAUAUAGACCUAUAAGAUUAAUAGAUUGAGAAAUAAGAAAAGCUAAGUUUGAGAAUGGGUUUGUCAUUAAGUGUUUACGUCAGUCAGUCAGUGGCAGGCCUUCACAGAGUUGGUCUUCUGACAGAAGCUCAGGUGGGAUGCUUAACAAGGAAGUUUAAGGGGAUUGGUUGUUUUUGAAGUUUUGUUGGGGUUUUGGGGUUUUUUAGAUGAUUGUUAUCAUAAACUUACGUGUAUAUGUUAUCAAGCAAGUUCUGUGAAUUAAGAAAAAGCCUCUCCAAGAGUGUUUUGGAGGUAUUUUGUAAAAAGGGCUGGGUCUACUUGUAGUUGAAUAAAUAGAAUUAAUCUUGAGAUUAAACAAAAUCCCUUCUGUUACUGGCAGCAAGAAAAUUCUUUGUCCACUGAAACAAUCUCAGUUUUUCUUGAUACUGAUGCAGUAACUGAGCCAGCUUUUGCUCAGUGUGAUUUUGUUGAUAGUUUUUACUGCCCUCUGUAACAAUUUGUAAAAGGUUCUAAAAUCUAUCAGUUUCUGGGUGAUACGUUCUAGAAAGAUGUUUGAGCCAGUGCAUCUGUUAAUAUACAACACACUUGUCUGUACUGUGCUUCCCUAAUUGCCUCAAUCUUCUGCAUCUUUGUAAAUAAUUUAAUUACAAAUUAUCUGGCUAUAAACAUUUCUUUAAGGUAGCUGGAUCACACAGGUGUCUAAGAGAAGUCCAGUCAUUUACUACUCUUACCUGAUAGAAAGCAGUAUUUCUACAAUAGACAGUAUUUCAAACAUCUGUUAGUUUGUUGUGACUUUCUUUCUCCAGAUUGAAGUGUGUGUUACAAUGACCUGUUACCAGCUGUGAGCAGAGUGUUGAUUUUUUUUUAAUAAUUACAGUAAAGUGAAUAGGCACAAUUUAUUUCUUUGUGAGGAAGCAGUAGGGAGGAGGGUGAAUUAAAAUCAAGAGAAUGAAUAACUAAUGCGUAAAUGCAAUUGUAAAAUAGUUGUGUAAAUCAGAUCUUUUCCUGCAAGUUAUACAGAGUGAGACACAACUGUGUACAAAAACAUUAUUAGCUUUCUUAUAAUUAUUUAUGCAAAAGACAUUAAGACUACAGACAAAAACUAUAAUGUGCUUUUCUAGACAUUUAUAUACUGUAAAAUUUCAACUCUACUUGUGACCCCACUUAGUAUUGGUAUGUUGAACCACAUGUGUUGUGACUGGUUUGUUUUUUAAUAUGAAACCAUAAGAAUAGUAGCCUGGGUCCUCCAGGUCAUCACUGAGGGUUUUUUGAACUCUGAUUCUUGAAUAAAGGUUUAACAUCUUCCCCCUAGCCCCAUUUCAAAAAUGUCCAUUUUCUGGUUGGAUUUUUUCCUUUGUUUUUCUAAACUCUGCUCAUCUUUAGUUCUUGGAGGAUGCUUGUAAAAUGGUCUUUGCUGUAGAGUUCCCAAUAGGUUAUGGAUUUUAUGUAUUAAGAGAUGGAAUCUUAAUUGGAUAUGUAUUUGAAAAUACUGUGGGUCUGGAGUCACAUAGCUCUGGGCGUGUUUAUCCAUGUGUCCGUAUGCUUGUACAGCUAUGUCAGUGGGUAUAGUCCAGCUCUUAAAAAUGUGCUGUCAUUAGCAAUUUACCAGCUUUAGAAUUCCAUCCUUGCUGCCAGAUGCCAUUGUAAGUUGUAGGACAAUACUUCACCUGUUCACAGUUCCAUGUACCAGUGCUAAUGAACAGCUUUUCUUUCUUCCCAAUGCAGAUGCAGAUUGCCAUUUCCCCCACUUUUUCUUUGGGGUUGGGGGUGUUUCGGUUUUCUUUUACUAUUACUAUAUUAUUGUUGUUGUUGGGCUAGUAUUAUUAUUAUUUUUUGUUAAACUCUGUGUCUUGAAAACAGUUUCCCAGUAAGUUCUAAUCAUGUAUAUGUUUUACUUCCAGUAGGAAUUGGAACUGAAUUUAUUCAUCCACUUCUCCAAGCCUUUUGAAAAGUGACUAAAUGCAACUGAGUCAGAUUGUCUGUGGGUAUGAAGUGGCUGGGAGAAUCCAAGAACAUGGUAGUGAAUGGCCGGAGAAGUGGAAGCAAGUCAUCUAAUGACCACGCGCAGACCAAAUUGCAGCAUGCAGGAAAGGAGAAUCCAAAGACGGGCAAAAAUGGAGUUGAAAGAAGAUCAAGCAGAUGUAGCGGUGCUUCAGGAUUUGAGGGUCAAAGUCGUUAUGUGCCUUCCUCUGGAAUGUCUGCCAAGGAACUCUGUGAAAAUGAUGACCUAGCAACUAGUUUGGUUCUUGAUCCCUAUUUAGGUUUUCAGACACACAAAAUGAAUACUAGAUUUCGACCUAUUAAAGGAAGGCAAGAAGAACUCAAAGAGGUGAUUGAACGUUUUAAGAAAGAUGAGCACUUAGAAAAAGCCUUCAAGUCCUUGACGUCAGGUGACUGGGCCCGGCACUAUUUUCUUAACAAGAACAAAAUGCAGGAAAGGUUGUUCAAGGAACAUGUAUUUAUUUAUUUACGAAUGUUUGCAACUGACAGUGGGUUUGAGAUACUGCCUUGCAAUCGGUAUUCUUCUGAGCAAAAUGGAGCCAAAAUCGUUGCAACAAAAGAAUGGAAACGAAAUGAUAAAAUAGAAUUACUUGUGGGCUGUAUUGCUGAACUAUCAGAAAUGGAAGAAAACAUGCUGCUGAGACAUGGGGAAAAUGACUUCAGCGUCAUGUAUUCCACACGAAAAAACUGUGCACAACUGUGGCUUGGUCCUGCUGCAUUUAUCAAUCAUGAUUGCAGACCUAACUGUAAGUUUGUAUCAACGGGCAGAGAUACAGCAUGUGUGAAAGCUCUGAGAGAUAUUGAACCUGGAGAAGAAAUCUCUUGUUACUACGGAGAUGGGUUUUUUGGAGAAAAUAAUGAAUAUUGUGAAUGUUAUACCUGUGAAAGACGUGGAACUGGUGCUUUUAAAUCAAGAGUGGGAUUGCCAGCACCUACUCCUGUGAUUAACAGUAAAUAUGGACUGAGAGAAACAGACAAACGAUUGAACAGACUUAAAAAGUUGGGUGACAGCAGCAAGAAUUCAGACAGCCAGUCCGUCAGCUCUAACACUGAUGCAGAUACCACUCAGGAAAAAGGUAAUGCAACUAGCAGAAAAUCUUCAAUUGGCGUAAAAAAGAACAGCAAAAAUAGAACGUUAACCAGACAGUCUAUAUCAAGAAUUCCAGCAUCAUCAAAUUCUACCUCAUCUAAACUAACUCAUAUAAAUAAUUCCAGGGUACCAAAGAGACUGAAAAAGCCUGCAAAGCCUUUACUUUCAAAGAUAAAGUUGAGAAAUCAGUGCAAAAGGCCAGAGCAAAAGAAUGCUUCUCGAAAGCUUGAAAUGGGAAAUUUAGUUCUCAAAGAGCCUAAAGUAGUUUUGUAUAAAAACUUGCCCAUUAAAAAGGAUAAAGAAUUGGAGGGACCAGUCAAAGUUGCAGUCUCUAGCGGAUGCUUAACGAGGCAUGCAGCAAGAGAACAUAAACUGAAUUCUGUGAAAGGUGCUUAUGAGCAUGGUGAUAUUGCACCCUGCACAUAUAUCACAAGGAGGUCGAUGAGAACAAGGAUGAGUUUGAAGGAGACCUCUGACACAAAGCUUGAACCAAAUACGUUGGAUAGCUAUAAGAGUAACUUGACUGGAACACAAUCGGACAUUGCAGAGCAGCAGUCUCGUGCAUUAAACGACAACGAUGUGGCUCAUGGACCAUCACAUAAAGGGGAGGGUCGGUGCCAGAAAAGUGAUGCAGGCACAUCAAAAAAGAAAUCUCGACAAGGGAAGCUUACGAAACCAUCUUCAAAAACAGAGGAAACUGAUACUAUGCACAACACACCUGUGAAGGAUGAAGUACCAGAUUUGAUUAGUUCUCAUUCAGAACUCGAAGAAAGGAAUAACAUGGUGGACACACCUGUUGGCUUUAAAGACUGUAUCCCUGGAUCUGGUGGCUGCUCUGUAACAACUGACAAUUUUAAAGCAAAAGACAGCUUUAGAACUGCAAAAAGUAAAAAGAAAAGACGAAUUACGAGGUAUGAUGCACAACUUAUCCUUGAAAAUAGCUCUGGGAUCCCUAAACUGACUCUUCGUAGGCGCCAUGAUAGCAGUAGCAAGGCAAAUGAUCAAGAGAGUGAUGGCAUGAAUUCUUCAAAAAUAAGCAUAAAAUUAAGUAAAGACCAUGAAAAAGAUAAUAAUUUAUAUGUAGCAAAGCUAAAUAAUGGGUUUAACUCAGGAUCAGGCAAUAGUUCAACAAAAUUAAAAAUACAGCUAAAACGAGAGGAUGAAAACAGAGGGACGUACCCAGAGGACCUUCAUGAAAAUGGUGUGUGUUGUAGUGAAACUCUCUCCCUUUUGGAGUCGAGAAUGGAAGUAGAUGAUUAUGGUCACUAUGAAGAGGAAACAGCAGAUGAAUCUUCAUCAGAAGAGGAUGAUGAAGAGGAAGAUGACUAUGAUGAUGAAUUUGAUGACUUUAUUCCUCUUCCUCCAGCGAAGAGAUUAAGGCUUAUUGUUGGCAAGGAUUCAAUAGAUAUUGAUAUUUCUUCCAGGAGGAGAGAAGAUCAGUCUUUAAGGCUCAAUGCAUAAGCUUAUAGGUCUUAAACUGACCUGGAUGUCAUUUCUAAAAAAAAUAUAAAAAUAAUUUAAAAAAUAAUAAUAAAAAAAAACCCAACAAAAAUUCCAUUUGAUUAUUCCUCAACUAAAGAACUUUCUGAAAAACUUAGUGGCAGCACUUCUUUAUUCACCUAUCAACGUAAUAUUGUAGAAAGUGUACAGCAUACUGACUCUUCUUAAGUCUGAUUUGUGCAGAUUUUUAUUGUACUUUUUAAUAGCCUUCUUAUGUGCAAUUCCGAGUUAGAGGUAAUGCUCUGUUGUAAAAUAAAGGCUCAAGCAAAGUUACGAAAUUGCAUCAGAUCUUUCCAUGCAGGACAAUGAGAAUACAGUGUGGCUACAGAAUUAUUUUUGAUCAGUAGGAGCGUUAGUUUGCUCUUACAAUAUUUGACUAAACAAUUUACAAAAUCAUAGUAGCAGCAUAUUAAGGUUUUCUAGUAUAUGUUAAUAUCACCAGCAAUGAUCUACAGCUUUCUGAUUUAUUUGCUAGAUGGUUUUUUCCCCUUGGAGUUUGUCAGUUUUAACACUGUAUGCUGUCCCAGACGUACUGUUUGUGGCCUUUGUUAUAGUAGCAAACCGUUGGUUGGAAGUCAAAUUGAUUUCUUUAAAAAAAGAGAAAAAAAAAUAUUAAAAUAUGUUGACAAUUUGCUGACUUUUUAGUACAUUAUAUGUACAAGGGUAGCAGUAUGCAGAAUAAAGUUUGGAUAUGGUGUAUUUAUUGCUUGUUACGUAAAUUAAACACCUUGUAUUUAACACUUUUCAAUACUUUUAGAUAAAAUUGUUCUUUGCAAGAAUGAUUGGUGCUUAUUUUUUCAAGAAUUUGCUGUGAAAUAAUGUGAUUACGACGGGCAACAUUUAUCCAAUGAACUGCAGCUAUCCUAAAUUGGUUCUUCAUAUUUUUCUGUUGCACUUGUAAAAUGCUACAAGGAAUUUAAAGAAAAAUCUAUUCACUUUAACUUAUGAUAGUUUUAUCAAAUUAAAAACAACUAAGUCACAGCUUUUGUUCUGUGGUAACCUAUGAUUUGUUUGUCUUUUAAGAACCAGUUGUAAAAGACUGAAAAAAUAUGUAUAUGUUGUAAAUAUUUGUGUGUUGUGAGAAACUUUGUCAUAAGAAAUUGAGAUAACUUGCCAGAAGGGUUUUUAAGUUUAGAAAUACAUCCAUGCCAAUAAAAUAGGAAACUGUAAACCUAGUUUUAAACUCUGCAUCAGUUGGGAGUCCUUUGCUCAUACAUAGUUCACUUAAUACUUCAGAGUCUGCUUUAUAACAAUGAAGAGCAUCAGGGCAAUCUUUGGCUCUUUGGUUUUUAAUAAAAGAAUGUUAGGAAACUUC